CACUUUCUCUCUCCUCUCCCAAUUUUUCAAAUUUUUUUUAGAUUCUUCAUUUUUUUUCUCUAUAUAAGGGCUUGUUUGGUGGGAAGAUAGAAAAUCACUAAAUCAGAUAAACAUAUUCUCUCUUAAGUUUGAACCUUUUGAUUUCUUUCUCUUGAGAAUAUUUGUGAAGUGAUAAAACUUUUUUCAAUUUGUAUGGCCGCUAACUCAAGUUACCGUGGAGUUACUAGCUUUGGUAAGCGAGUCGUGACUCAGAUCGUAACUCAGUCUUCUCCAACUCGUCCACUCUCUUCUACUCCUGUUUUCAGGAGAUCUCUGCAUGCUUCAGUGUAUGACAAAAACGUCGACGAUCAUGUUCGCCCGGUGGUAGUGCCAGAUGAUGUGAUUCAGCUUAAUUCAGACAAAUACUGGGCUCCAAACCCUAGCACUGGGGUCUUUGGGCCUGCAGCAGAGCAAGGUGCAGGUGUAGACCGCGGCUUCCAUGCUUCGCCCUCGAACAGUGGCAACGAGUCUGUGCUGGAGCAGAAGGCGUUUUUCCGUCCUCUUGAGGACUUGGACAAGCCCCAGCACUCUUGAUUUUAAUUACCUAAGAAGAUUAAGCCGCCCUAGUUAAUUACGCGUAUUAACAUAAUCUAUCAGUGAGCUAGAGGCUGGCUAGUAGUUAAUUAGUAGUAAAAGUCUGCCUGCUUAAUCUACGUUUCAAUAAUCACUUGGUCGUUGUGUGUGAUUAGUGGCUUGAAAGAUCAGUGUUGGAUAAGUAAUGAUAUACAAUUGUGCUCUGAUGAUUCUGUAUUUUGGUUAUGGGUGUCUUGUAUUAUGUUCAAAUACUAAACCUUCAUCAUCAUAUAAAUAUCAAAGAGCGUUUAUGUA